AUAUAAUAAAUGGACACAAUUAUUAACUCCAGUCUCCAAUCAAACAACAAGGAAUUACGCUCUCCACACCACUCCAUCUCAACAUCUAUUCUCUUUUAACUCUCCAUACAGAGAGAGAGAAAAAAAUAAAAAAGAGGGGAACAGCCAUCGCCACCACUACUACCACCCACCGUCAUCGUCGCUAUCACCGCCACCAUCAUGGAAGAGACAGACCAAAAACUGAACAAAAAAAUGAAGAGACUUCUUUUCCUCCUCAGCACCCUCCUCCUCACCAUCGGCAACUGCGGCGGCCCGCUCAUCACGCGCCUCUACUUCCUCCACGGCGGCAAGCGAGUCUGGCUCUCCAGCUGGCUCGAAACCGGGGGCUGGCCUAUCACCUUCAUCCCAAUCAUCAUCACCUAUUUCCAUCGCCGCCGCAAAAACGGCCCAACCACGAACCUCAUCGUCAUAAAACCACCAGUGUUCAUCGCCGCCGCCGUGAUCGGGCUCCUCACCGGCCUCGACGACUACCUCUACGCCUACGGCUUGGCAUGGCUCCCCGUCUCCACAUCGUCUCUAAUCAUAGCCUCGCAAUUAGGUUUCACGGCGCUAUUCGCGUUCCUACUAGUGAGGCAGAAGUUUACAUCUUAUACUAUUAAUGCGGUGGUGUUGUUGACGGUAGGGGCGGGGAUACUGGCGUUGCACUCUAGCGGUGACCGGCCCAAGGGGGAGUCGAAUAGGAAAUAUUAUUUAGGGUUUUUUAUGACGAUAGCGGCGGCAGCGCUGUAUGGGUUGAUAUUGCCGAUGGUGGAGCUCACUUAUAAGAAAGCCAAACAGGCCAUUACUUAUACUCUGGUUUUGGAGAUUCAACUUGUCAUGUGUUUUUUUGCCACUCUUGUCUGUACCAUUGGCAUGCUUAUCAAUGAGGAUUUUCAGGCAAUUCCAAAGGAGGCAAGAGCAUUUGGACUUGGCGAAACAACAUAUUACGUGGUGGUGGUGUGCAGUGCCAUAAUUUGGCAGUGUUUCUUCCUGGGUGCAGUAGGAGUCAUCUUCUCUGCCUCGUCUCUUCUCUGCGCUAUCAUAAUCGCCGUUCUACUCCCCGUGACCGAAAUCCUUGCUGUCAUCUUCUACCAUGAAAAGUUUCAAGCAGAGAAAGGGGUUUCUCUUAUUCUCUCUCUCUGGGGAUUUGUUUCCUACUUCUAUGGUGAGUUCAAACAUAGCAAGCAGCAGCAGAAGAGUGAAGAAACUCAAACUUCAGAAACAGAGAUGCUGCAGACAACUACCGAACCAUGAUUAAGAUAAACUACACCAAUGUUCUCCUAAUUUUUGUUAUACGCAAUGUUCUCCUAAUUUUUCUUACAUAUCACUACAGCUUCUGUCAAACGUAAAAUUUAACCUAUGGUAAUUUAAACUUGAUGUUCAAGAUAUGUAAUAAGCUUGUACAUUCUUUUUUCAGAGUUCAAGUGAUGUCGGAAAACCGUACACAUAUAAACCAUCAGCUAAGAAAACAUGAGAAAAGCCAUUUAUA